UUUUAUCUAUUACCGCUCAAAUAUCACGUCUCAAUUUGUUUACCUCGAGUCUAAUUGACUACAUCUAACUCGAAUCGGAUAUAAACGCAUCGAACUGCAUUUCAGUAAAAAAAAUAAUUUGCAUUAAAAAUUUGUUCAAGUUUUCAAUAAAAUAAUGGCCGAAAAAGAUAUAAAUCCAUCCACCUUAUUAAACACCGAUUUGGAACAAUGUCGGCUGGCUGAUGCAGCUUAUGUUGAAUUUAACAGUGAAAACUAUGAGUUAUGCCUGGAGAAUUUAUCAAAAUUGAAAUCAACAAAAGAAUCGGAGAAGAAAAUUGUGCAUAACAAAGCAGUCGUUGAUUUUUAUCGUAGUGGUUUGAAAAAUUACAAUGAAUUCCGUAAAAGUCUCGAUGAUAUCAUUGGUGAAAUGCCAAAUUUAAGCACGUUUGAUAUCAAAGAUUUAUCGUUAGCAAUUCCACUGUUAAACAAAGCAAUAAUCUUAUUUCAAUUGCGACAAUCGUUGGCGGCGCUUAAAAUUGUGCUCGUACUUUUGAAACAUUUAGACGCCUUUGAUACAGAAGUAGCACAAAAGAUCGGUCUGCUUGCAAUUCAAUUGGUAUUGAAUUUGAAUCAACCGAAAAAAGCCGAAGCCAUAAUAACAUUGUUAAAGAUACGAUUGAGCACAUCAUCCGAUUUACUGAGUAUCAGCGAUGAAGACGAUGAACCCGUUUUAGAUAAAAAUAUUGAAGCGAACAGAGCACACAAACCAUUAGAUGAGUUUCGUUGGAUGUUUCGAUUGUACAAAAUGAGAUCGAAGGUGAUGAAUGAGAAAACUAUUCUGAUACCAACUGAAGAGACACCAGAAAUGCUUGUACUAAAGGCGCACCAGUACUAUAUCGGACAUGAUUAUCAAAUGGCCGCUAAAGAACUAUCGAAGAAACCAAUCACAGCACUAUCGGACUUUAUGACAAACGGUGAAGAUUACAACACAAUUGUUGCCAAUAAUAUGGGCUUAAUUCACUUUCAUGUGCGUCAUUACGCGAUGGCCGUGAGAUUCUUUCAACAUGCUCUUCAAUUCGAUCAAAAGGCCACCGAAAGUUUGGACAUAGAUGCACCCAUUCAUGCGAUUGGUGCAUCGAAACAACCGGAAAUUUUGUAUAAUUUAGGAAUUGCCAUGUUACAUUUGCAACGGCCUAAAGAAGCAUUCGAAUGCUUUCUAGUGCCGUUGAAUUAUUACCAUAACAACCCAAAACUGUGGCUUCGAUUGGCCGAAGCUUGUAUAAUGGUUCACAAAGAGAAUUUGAAAUCAAAGGAACGAAAGACAGUGGUUUCGUCAGUUAUUGGCUCUGGAUUAAAUAGAAAAUAUGUUAUUCAACCGACACCACCCAAACAUGUUUCCGAUCCAAAUGAAUCGUUUGCAAUUCCAAACACAAAUUUGGAGUUUGCGUCGCUGUGUUUGCGCAAUGCUUUGGCAUUGGUGGAGCAUAUCGAAAAUGAUUUCAUAGGAGGAAAGCCCGAUUCAACAUCGAAAUUACAACAGAACAACGAACGAACACAAUGUAAUCCAUCGAAGGCGUUAUCGUAUGGUGCAUUUUUGAAGUUAAAAUAUGCGGUUUUGGCGGCAUAUAGUUAUGUACAAAUUAGUUUGGGCGAAUAUCUUUUGGCACUAAAAUACGCACAGGAGUUGCUUAAAAUGCCAAAUCUACCAGAUCCAUAUGCAAUACUAGGGCAUUUAUACUGUGCAGAAUCGCUUAUAAUGUUAGAUCGAUGUCACGAGGCACGAGCAUAUUUGGAGCCAAAAUUCAUCGGUGAACUCAAAGAAGAUGAUUUCAUUCAGUGGGCAUCACCCGACUGGAACAUAAAUUCGCGCAAUGCAGCUCGUGCCGUUUUAGAAUACAAUUUGUCGGUGUUGUUGGUGCUUCAAGGUGAAAAUGAGUUGGCCAUUGCAUUGCUGAAACGAUGCAAGCAUCCAAUCGUUAUAAAUCACUUGAAAAUGUUAACUAUUUAUCUAGAAAUGCAAGUUGGUAACUUGGAAUUGUGUCGAAAGAUGAUACGCAUUGACACACCACAAUACUAUUAGGUUUACAUGUUAAUAAAUGAGAAGGAAAAAUCAUUGUUGUAUGAAAAAAAGAAGAAGAAGAAAGAAA